AUGUUUGUACCUAGCUUCAAGAAAAGGACCAAAAUUAGAUCAUGCAUUCUUGACAGACCAACGGAACUUGAGGAUGAUGAUGAUUAUCGGAGGGCAUGUGAUCGCAGAAGCAUUUCAAACAGAGCAGGUGCUCAACUAGCAAGUGCUCUUCUACAAGAUUUAAAUCUCAUAUCACCAGAAAACCAAGCCGCAGUUAUUGACAAGUUCAAGAUUUUUCGUAAAAGGUUAAAGAACCGCCGAUGUAUUAAUUCAACUCACUCAAACGAAAUAAUUGCUCUUUACUUUGAUGGUAGGAAGGAUGAAACCAUAAUCAAAGAAAUUGUACGUGGGAAAUCUGUCUGUAAAACCAUACAAGAAGAACACAUAUCUUUGGUCGAGGAACCAGUUUCAGCAUAUUUCGGUCAUGUAACUCCAAAUAGUGGAUCUGGGAAAGAUAUAGUAUUUUUAAUAUUAAGUUACAUGAGUGAUAACUCAAAAAUCAAAGCGCUUGGAUGUGAUGGUUCUACGAUGAUAGGCGGAGCACCGCAGGAUAUUAGCAGCAUCCAAUCCCAGCAGGAAAACAGCAACUCACUGCAGCAACUUCUUCAGCAGCGCGAAGAAGAAACUAGACAGGAAAUUGAAAGACUGACAGCCGAAAUAAGGGCACUGAAACUUCAACUUCUUCAAUAUACCAACAAAAUAUCAUCCAAUCCAACUGCUUUAUCUUGCUAA